UUCCUUAAAAAAGUUAUAUCUAAAGUUUGUUCGUGAAUCGUGAUUACUUGUGUUGCUCUGUGAAAGUGUAGUGCUUUUAUUUUAUUUAAGUGCUAUUGGCUUAAAACCGUUCAAGAUGAAUAAAACUUGUGCGAGGUGCGAGAAAACAGUUUAUCCUACCGAGGAAUUGAAAUGUUUGGACAAGGUUUGGCACAAGGGCUGCUUCAAAUGCCAAGAGUGCAGUAUGACCUUGAACAUGAGAACGUACAAGGGCUACGGGAAGCUGCCUUAUUGUGAAGCUCACGUACCGAAAGCGAAACCGACGACAAUGGCCGAAACACCUGAAUUGAAACGGAUCGCCGAAAACACGAAACUACAGAGCAACGUGAAGUACCACGCCGACUUCGAGAGGAGUAAAGGGAAAUUCACACAGGUGGCAGACGAUCCUGAGACCUUAAGGAUCAAAGCGAACACGAAGAUCAUAAGUAACGUGGCGUACCACGGCGAUCUCGAGAAGAAAGCCCAGAUGGAGAGGCAGAGGCAGAUCAACGAAAACGGAGAAAUAGUGGAUGUGCCGCCGCCGGAUAAUUACCAUCAGCAGAUAGACAAUUACGCGAACGAAAUGCUACAGCCUAACGUGCCACCUCCAAACCUACCCCCCAAAAACCACUACCAGAUCCCGACCACCCAACACCAGACCCAUUCCGGGCAUAGCCAACAACACUACACCCAACCUCUACCCAAUCACAACCAGAAUCUAUCGAACAACCAAAGUAUGUCGCAGCACGGACAGAGUCUGCCCCAUUACCCCCAAAACACCCAGCACGCUCAGAACGUUUCCCAUCACACCCAAAACGUACCCCAACACGCUCAAAAUGCACCCCAGCACAGCCAAACCCUACCCCAACACAGCCAACCAGUUUCCCAUUAUCAGCCAUCCCACAAUUCCACAAUCCCGCAAAAUCGUUACCCAGAACAAUACUAUCAGCCCAAAGAGGAUAUCGGAUACCAAUACCAAGAUUACCAAGGUCAAUAUUAUGGGCAAUACGCCCAGAAUUACGGGUCCUCUGGUCAGCCCAAGAUCGGUAGGAUUCAGGAUUACGAUCCGUUGAGCGACGGGCCUAGGGCUCCUCCGAAUACGCAAAGGGCCUCCGCCACCGUCAUCUAUAACAGCACAAACGAUGGAAAGCAAAGAGGUAGCAGUCAUCAAACACAACAUCAGCAGUCAAGGCAGAUCGGUCGCGUAACCGAUCUGGAUCCGUUGGCCAAUGAAGUGCAGAGACCGGCUAGCUCACAGAAUCCGCAAGUGUACAUAGCAAUGUAUGAUUACGAAGCCAACGACAGUGAUGAGGUGUCGUUCCGUGAAGGCGACCUCAUAAUGAAUGUAAGUGCUAUAGACGAGGGCUGGAUGAUGGGUCAGGUGGUACGCACCGGCAUGGCGGGCAUGCUGCCAGCCAACUACGUCGAGACCGCACCGGCGUCUGCAUUACGGCAAUACAAUUGAAUUAGGACGAUCCACUCACUGAUAAAAACGCUUCAAAAAAUAUUCAUUACCAAUUGAUUUAGAUUUUGCAUGUUUUUCAUGCUUUUUAAUCUUUAAGAACAAUUUUUAAUAAAUGCCGGCCUUAUGAGAACUAUUAUUUAUAAUUGGUACUUGUAACUAUGUUUGUUUAUUGAAAAUAAUAAUAAAUACUUGGUCCGGAGUCUAAACAGUUACACCAGUUACAGCAUUAAUAUUAUUAAAAAAAAUCUAGUUUUGCACUUAAAAUACAAUAUAAAGAAUUUGCCGGACAACCCUUUUGGUAGAUGGAUACUAAAGGCAUUAUAAUCUGCUAUUGUUUAAAGUUUACAUAAUACCGAAAUAAAGGUGUACACAUAACUUAACAAAGAGUAAAAAGAAAUGUUUUUACAUGUUUUAUUGGUAAUUAAUAUCUUUUUGAGUGUUUAUAUUGACAUAUGAUUAUUGAAACAAGAAAAAGUAACUCAUAAUUUAUAUAAAUUAACAUCUCUUAUCAAUUAAUUGUAAUGGAUCUUAUGGUUUAAUCGUUGGCUAAUUUAAAAAAAAAACUCAUUACAGAAAUAACCC